AUGCGCCCGCUUCUGCUCGGCUUGCUUGUCGUGACCGCCCAGGCCGGUCCCACUCCUGUCACGGGCGACGCCUCCGGAUCGGACUGGGUGAACGCCUGCAUCGACCUCGACUGGCACUCGAAAGAGGUGGCGCUCUCGGAGACGCCCUUGGAGACGGCGGCCGGGGGCACCUCCCAAGCGUGCGGCGCCGGCCGCAUUACGCUGGGCGUCCCGACCGACUUCCACCACAACGACCGCGGCUGCCCCGGCGGGCCGCAAAAGACCGGUUUCGCCUUCCGCGGAGGCGACUGUGGUGGCGGCGGCGCGGACAAGAUGAUGAGCGUCGCGGCCGUCUGCGAUCGGCAUGUGCCGAACGCUUCCGCGUCCCUCGACGACGACCCGUGCGCGGAGUUCAACAAGGACAAGUGCUUCAUGAACGUCUGCACGGUCUGCACGCGCGUGAUAUGCGACUCUGAGCAUGCGCAUGCGGCCUGCAGCACCUGCACGGACAACAAGUGGAGCGACUUCUCGCUCGAGGGCGGCUCGGCGCACGCGUGGGACGAGGGCGUCGCCCUCCUCUACCCGCUGGAGGAGACGCUGCGCGCCCCUGGCACCUGCCGCGCCAGCGGCGAGACGCUGGGGGCCACCGGGCACUCAGGCCCGACAACCGAGAGCACGCAGGGCGAGAAGCUGCUGCGGACCGGCGCGCGAGACUUCGUGCGCGCCAUCGUCGACAAGAUCACCACCUUGAUGACGGUGAAUCAGCGGGUCCCGCUCCGCUCUGAGCACAAGGGUUGCGCGUUCGGCGCGGAUCGGUCGGAGGAGAACACGGCGACCGUGCUGCCCCUCGUCCACAAGUGCAACGUCGCCGCUGCCAAGAUGAGCGACGAGAUGAAGUUCGGCCUGUACUUCCCAAAGCAUUACCCGAGCGAUUCUACGCUUGGCGCCGAACUCUUUCCAUCGGUGCUCUUUGGUUUCUACCAGAUCUGCACCGUGUUGUCCUCCACCUACUCGGCGCGGCUGCCGCCAGAAUAUACGGGCUGGACCGACAAACUGGCCAAUACGGUCUCAAUCGACUGGACGGGCUACUUCUUGCCGCAGCAGUGCCUCGGCUACGAUUUGCGGCUGCUCGCCAUCGCUCUCGCGCCCGUCGCCCUCAUUGCACUGCUCAUGGCAACGGGAAUCGCGCUGCGGCUCCGCCGCUGGCGUGCCGCGCCGCCACCGCGCCCAAUGGAAGCAUCGAUGCCGGGAGCCGACACCGAUGCAGCAUUCGGCGUCGUGGAAGCACCGAUGUCGACGAUGUCGGCGAUCGCUGACGCGAUAAACACAGACGAGGACGCUCCGCGUGCGACGCCGUGGUGUGCGGAGGCGGCCCUCGGCGUCCUCGAUCUCACUCCGGCGGGCUUGGCCUACACCGUCUCUCCGCCGAACGAGCGCCUGGAGCAGGUCUCCUACGUGCGGCUGGACGCGAGCAUCGAGUGCGGUACCGACGAGCACGGAUCAGUCACCGAGCUCGCCUUCGGCCUGAUCGCCCUGUGGCCUGCGGGCUCUCUGAUCCUCUUCACUUCGCUCCUCGUCGCUUGCUACAAGCCGCUGCGGGCCAAGAGGCCGAAUGCUCUGACGCGGGCCACCGCCUUCCUUCACCGGGAGUACAAAAAGACCUGGUACUGGUGGGAGGCGGUCGAGCUGGCACGCAAGCUCGUGCUCACGGGCUUCGUGCUGCUGAUCCCGGAGGAGCGAGCUUUUGUUCGCCUCGUGGUGGCGACCCUCAUCUGCUCCUUCUACGCCGUCGUGCUCGCCGUCGUGCGGCCCUUCAAGCGGGUCGAGGAUAACGUGCUGGCUGUUGCCACUAGCCUGGUGCUCCUCCUCCUCUUCCUCGCCACGAACUGGACGACCACCUUCAUCGGCAUCGUGGAGCGCACCAGCGUCGACGAUGCCGAUGCAGUCCUCGGCUUCGAUAACCUGUCCGGCAUCAUCAACUCGAUGCUCGUCCUCGUCGGCGCGACGCUGGUCUUCUUCCUCAUCGGCGCCGUCUUCUCCGCCCGCCACGCCAAGAAGGCUCCCACGAUCCGCCUCGUCUCGACCAACCAGCCGCCCGAGCUGAGCAUCGGGAUGGGUCUCACGUGGCACCUCUUCAACAGCCACAUCUGGAGUACCGGUCAAGACGCCGUCGCGGUCAUCAAGGCUGAGCUCCAGCAGCUGCUGCCGGGCAUCAAGAUCUUCCUCGACGCGCGCGCAUCUUGCCCAGUCGCGCUGCACGGCGAGCAAAGCGCCUUUGACCCACCCAACUGCCUUCGAGAGGUUCGCUCGUCGCUCGAAAUGCACAAGCCGCUCGUCCUCGUCCAAGAGGCCGACCCGGCCAAGGGCGGCGGGACGCUACCAGCGCUGCGCGCAGAGUGCCCCGAGGAGCUCCAGCCCGACAUCUUUGACAAUGACUGGAGGCACACCAUCUGGUACCGGAUCCAGGAGUUUCAGCUCGUCUCGCUCAAGAUCACCGCCGAGGCGCUGCUCCUUUGUUCGCCCAACUUUCUGGGAAGCACCUCCCUUCCGCUCACAGUGACGGGCGAGCUGCGGAUCAGGGCAUUCGGCUUCUCCACGUUCGCAAAGGUCUGGGCCUCUCCGGCCAACGCCGGCGCGAGGGAGCUGGCCGAGGAGCUCGUCGCCGCCUUUCCCGGCCUCACCGUCUCCACCGCCGAGGAGGCCGGCGACGCGACCCACAUGCUGCUCUACCUUAACGAGCACAGCUUCAGCGACGAGCGGCUGGCCGAGCAGGUUACGCAGGCGCGCCAGGACAGGCUGCCGAUCGUCAUGGCGCACGAGAACGACCCGGACCUCGGCGGCUGCGAGUUCUCCAAGUUUUUCGAGACCACGCCGCAGGUGUCGCUCGUGCUCCUCGCAAAGGGUCUCGGCGCGACUCCGGUCAAGUCGAGCGCCGACCUCCGAUCGAGCAUCGUGCGCCGCACGUCAACGGCUUUCCGCAGCUUUGGCGGCUUCCGCGCCGCAGAGCGUUCAACCUCGGGAGAAGCCGAGGCAGUGGCGUCGGCGUCGGCGGCGUCGGCAUCGACGUCGGCAUCGGCGGAGCACGUGUAG